UGGCCGCUGCCGGGGCCGCGCUCCUCGUGGCCCGCGGUUCUCGGGACGUGGUCGUUCCUGUAGGGUAGCGAACCUUUCCUUCCCCGUGCCCCGGCGCCACAGACGGCGCCGGCUCCCUCAGGUUCCCUCGGCGGCGCAAGGAUCCCGACCCUCCGCCGGGGGCGUGGCCGCCAGGGGCCCCGCCCCUUGUGUGACGUCCCGGUGGCGCGCGGGCAGCCCGUGGGUGUGGAAGGCGCCCGGGCCUGUAGAGACCCCGAGGCCGGGGCCGCCUCCCGACGCCCACCUGCCGGCUUCUCCAGCUCCAUCUUUUCCGGGGAAGGCGCGGCGACCUCGGCCUCCAGUUUCUCGGGCGGAGCGAAGCGGCGGCUCUCGGGAUGGUGUUGCUGGGCUUGCUGCAGUCGGGCGGCGCGGUGCUGGGCCAGGCGAUGGAGCAGGUGACGGGAGGCAACCUGCUGUCGACGCUGCUCAUCGCCUGCGCCUUCACUCUCAGCCUGGUCUACCUGUUCCGCCUCGCAGUGGGCCACAUGGUCCAGCUGCCCGCCGGGGCGAAAAGUCCGCCGUACAUUUUCUCUCCAAUUCCAUUCUUUGGCCAUGCAAUAGCAUUUGGGAAAAGUCCAAUUGAGUUCCUGGAAAAUGCAUAUGAGAAGUAUGGACCUGUAUUUAGCUUUACCAUGGUGGGCAAGACUUUCACUUACCUUUUGGGGAGUGACGCCGCUGCGCUGCUGUUCAAUAGUAAAAACGAAGACCUGAAUGCAGAAGAUGUCUACAGUCGACUGACGACACCCGUGUUUGGGAAGGGAGUUGCAUAUGACGUGCCAAAUGCAGUUUUCUUGGAACAGAAGAAAAUAUUAAAAAGUGGUCUUAACAUAGCCCACUUUAAGCAGCAUGUUUCUAUAAUUGAAAAAGAAACAAAGGAAUACUUUAAAAGUUGGGGAGAAAGUGGAGAGAGAAAUGUUUUUGAAGCGCUUUCUGAGCUCAUAAUUUUAACAGCUAGCCAUUGCUUACACGGAAAGGAAAUUAGAAGUCAGCUCAAUGAGAAAGUGGCGCAGCUGUAUGCAGAUUUGGAUGGAGGUUUUAGCCACGCUGCCUGGCUCCUGCCAGGUUGGCUGCCUCUGCCUAGUUUCAGGCGCAGGGACAGAGCUCAUCGAGAGAUCAAGAAUAUUUUCUAUAAGGCCAUCCAGAAACGCAGGCUGUCAGAAGAAAAAGUUGAUGACAUUCUCCAAACUUUACUAGACUCUACAUACAAGGACGGGCGUCCUCUGACCGACGAUGAGGUGGCAGGGAUGCUCAUCGGACUGCUGCUGGCAGGACAGCACACCUCCUCCACCACCAGCGCCUGGAUGGGCUUCUUUCUGGCCAGAGAUAAAGUGCUUCAAGAGAAAUGCUACUUAGAACAGAAAGCAGUGUGUGGCGAGGAUCUGCCUCCCUUGACUUAUGAUCAGUUGAAGGAUCUGAACUUACUUGAUCGAUGCAUAAAAGAAACACUAAGACUGAGACCCCCUAUAAUGACCAUGAUGAGAAUGGCCAAGACCCCUCAGACUGUGGCAGGGUACACCAUUCCUCCAGGACAUCAGGUGUGUGUUUCUCCUACUGUCAAUCAAAGACUGAAAGAUUCCUGGGUACAACGCUUGGACUUUAAUCCUGACCGCUACUUACAGGACAACCCAGCAUCAGGAGAGAAGUUUGCCUAUGUGCCAUUUGGAGCUGGGCGUCAUCGUUGUAUUGGAGAAAAUUUUGCAUAUGUUCAGAUUAAGACCAUUUGGUCCACUAUGCUGCGUUUAUAUGAAUUUGACCUCAUCAAUGGAUAUUUUCCCAGUGUGAAUUAUACAACAAUGAUUCAUACCCCUGAAAACCCAGUAAUUCGUUACAAACGAAGAUCAAAAUGAAAAAGGACCAAGGAAGCGGUUUGGGUUCAUGACUGCAAGCAGCAGCUUUGGAGAGAAUGAAGCUUUUGAAACAGCUUUCAUAGUGUACUGUGUUUUGAGUGUUUAAUUCUGAAAGCCAGUUUAUGAUUUUAAUGUUUUAUUAACUCAGUGACUUUAUCAAAUCUAAUGGUAUUGGAGACAGUUUAUAAUAGUUUUGAUAGGACUUCAUGGAAGCCACGUUUGUGUUAGAAAUGUAGGGGAGUCUCGGUAGUGUUGACAGAUGCUACAGAAAUACAGCGUCUCUGUAUUAACUUCAAAAGCACAAAUUGCCCCCGGGAGACUGCUUCUGGAGACUCCACUUUGGAACUAGUUUUGCAAGUUUAAAAGCCUAGUCAAAUUCUGCAAAGGCCAUGGGUUAUUCCUGUACUUGGGCCACUUCUGUGUGUAAAGAUGUGAGAGGGUAAGUGAUAAGCUCACUAGGAAGCUUUAGGUGAAAGCGAACACUAGUCAGCUGGGGGUGACUGUGUGUCCUUUGAAAUAUUAACUUGGAGCACUGCUACAGGAAGAUGGCAGAGAUCUUGGACCAUGCCUUGAUAACUAUUUCCUAAGAAUAAUAAAUACUAAAGAGUGCUUAUGUAUGUUACUGGUUCCUUUGGUCACAUUUUUGUGAAAAGUCCAAAAUCAAAUCUUUAUGGGAUUUUGAUUUUAAUUUUGCUAAAGUGUUUUUUUGUUUGUUUUUUUUUUUUUUGUCUCCUCUACAAUAUAAAGUUAGGGAAGUUUCAAUUACCAGGCUUUUUAAAAGUGUAGGAUCUUGAGAUUAGAGAAUCCUGGCCUUAAGGUUGGGGAAUGAGACAAGGUAUCAUUGGCUGUAUUCUGUGCAGGCUGUGUUGAGCCAACCUAAGAGAUUGAAAGCAUGGGCCCAACUCUGUGACAUGUGCAUAAUCUAUAUCAGAGUCAAAGUAACUCUGUUGCUUGGUGUGUUACUGCACACCUGCAAAGAAGCUGGGGCAGGAAGAUUGCAAGUUUGAGACCAACCUAGCCUAAAUAGCAAGACUGGCUCCAAAACAAACACUAGAAAAGCACCCUCCAAAAUAAAACCCUUUUGCUGUAUGUAUAUACUGGCUGGUUUUGUGUCCACUUGACACAAGCUAGCCUCAUCAGAGAGGAAGGAGCCUCAGUUGCAGAAAUGCCUCCAUAGGAUUCAGCUAUAAGGCAUUUUCUCAAUGUGGGAGGGACCCAGCCAACUGUAGGCGGAGCCAUGCCUGGGCUGGUGGUCCUGGAUGCUAUAAAAAGCAGGCUGAGCAAGUCAUGAGCAAGCCAGUAAGUGGCGCUCCUCCAAGGCCUCUGCGUCAGCCCCUGCCUCCAGGCUCCUGCCCUGUUUGGAGUUCCUGCCCUGAUUUCCUUUGAUGAUAAACGGUGGUAGGGAAGAGUAAGCCAAAUAAACCCUGUCCUCCCCAAACUUUUUGGUCAUGGUGUUUCGUCACAGCAAUAGAAACCCUAAGAAGAUGGUAUGUGACAGUUUUAAGAGGCUUGAAGAGUCUUCGUAUGGAGGCCGAAACCUCUGCUGUUAAAGGUUUCACAUUAAACUUCUCUAUGAGAAACGC